AUCCGUACGGCCGCUGGUAGUCGUUCGGAGUGUUCGGUUGUGUGCGGUCGUAUGUGCGGUUCCGGGUGUUGCCGGUAAACACAAUUUCAAAUUUAGGACACCCUGUGGGCACGGUGUCGCGUCGGAUCGUGUCCCGGAACUGUGUUCCAAUGUUGGGUGCGUCGGCGUAAGUUUGGUUGGGUCUAUAAAAGGUGUAAUAAAAGUUAAUACCAACACACACACACACACAUAUGCACUCUAGCGUGUUCGUGUUUUAGCAAAUCUGGCAGUGUAUCUCAUGUGUGUGUUUGUGUGUCUGUGCUGUCCAGUGGGGAGCCGUUUCGACCGUAUCUUUCACGUGCGUUUUUAUGGUUCGAAUCAACUGUUUUAACCUUUGCCAAAUCCCUUAAGACCAAUCCGGAAGGGGGGGGCGGCAGAACCGGGCGAGCUUCGAAGCGGCGCCAAGUGCACAACAUUUCCGAUCCGUGCGCCGAGUGAUUGAUGAGUUUUCAACUUCGCUACCAUAAGGCGUCAAAUUGUGCGGAAACUGUUCGGCAACGUGCGGACCCUCGGCAAAGGAAAGCGGGGCCAAAAGGCUUGGCUUGUGUUUCGCGCAGUAGCAUGAGCAGGUUCAGCACCCGCUGCCUUGGCCACACCGCGUGUGCCGAGUUAUGGAUGUAAUGGAUUAUUCACGCUUCACAUAGAACGUCUCCAUCUUACGACUUAUGAAAAUAAAACAGAAUCGCUGUUUGUGGCAGAAUCCCAUCGCCAGUGGUGUUGCUGCUGCUGCUACUGCUGCCGUUUGUUGUUUUUAUUUGUCAGCUUUCUAACGGGCUGAGUGCGACCAUCGUCGGAACGGUGCUGAAGCGUGCGAAAGGCGUAAGGUACCGGUGCAGGUGAAAGUAUGGCGUUUGCUUCCCCGUGUGCGUAUGUGUGUGGUUGUUUGUGUGGUACGAAGGUAGAAAAGUUGGCGAAUGGAGUGUCAUAAAUUAAAGUUAGCUUCACGCUUCGCCCAUGUGAGCUACACGCCAGUGACUGGUAUACCGUGUGUGAUAUGGUGCGCGUGUGUGUUAAAUCAUGAUGUGAUCGUCUGCCAGAACACACCACAUGGUGUCAGGGUUAACGCGUGUAGCACGAAACAGGAGUGAACAAAGCAAAAAAAAAGAAAUGAAAGCCUUUUGCAACGAUGUAAUAAUUCCAGUCACUUGGUGGUUGAAAAAUUGCUAUUGAAACAGGUGCGGGCCAUUCGUAUGGUUACCGGUGACGAGCUUUGAUAAGUGGUCGGUGGUUGGUUUUAUGCGCUGUGCUCAAGAAGACGUGUCGAUGGUGAAGGGGAAGCGUGUAGGGUGAGCGGUGCGGAUAACAUGUCAACCGAGUAUAAUAGGAGGACACAUUGAUGGAUAGCAAAAUGUUACACGUUAUUAUUGGAUUUAUCGUUAUUGUUCAACAGGCUGCGGGAGAUGACCUAGGGCUUCUGUCUAGCACGCUGCGUGCGUUCCGUACAAUUUGUUGCGACGAUGAGCUGCUCACCCUGUCGUGCCCGAUCGGUACCAGCAUUUCCGUGGAGCUCGUACAGUAUGGAGCGAAAGAAAGCAACGAUACGCUCCAGUGCGCGUACAGCGAGCUGGACAGCUCCUAUUACGUUCCCGAGCCGACUCCACCCGCCCUAAGUACGAUUGACUUCUCGGUGCCGGUCCCAGUAAAUGCAACGACCGUUACGCCCACGGCAACGAUGGCAAGUACCGAGCUGGCUACGAACGAUACGUUGACCACGGUGGAGCGUCCGAAAGACAAAUGCACCCCCCUUUAUGUACUGCAGUACUCGAUCCUGCAGACGGUCGUCGAAGCGUGUCAGAAGAAACGACGCUGUCGGAUACAGGCCACGCCGAAGAACUUUGCCACCGCACCCUGCCCCGGCAUCCAUCGUAUGGUGGAGGUCAAUCACAAAUGUCGUCCAUUCGAAUUUCGCAGCCUGGUAUCGUGCGAAAAGGACAUCGUGCGGUUGACGUGCGGUCAGUACACCCGCAUAGCGAUUUACAGCGCCACCUACGGUCGAACCGCGUACGAAAGCUCGCACUGCUCGCAAACGGCCGCCUCAAAAGAACAAACCUGUCUGUCCGAGCACACGAGCCUGACGCUGACGGAGAUCUGCCAAGGUCGGCGUAAGUGCACGGUGGCGGUGGAAAGCUCCACCUUCGGCAACCCAUGUCCGGAGAAUAUCCGGGUCUACCUGAAAGUAAUCUACGCCUGUGUGUCGAGGAACGUGUUCCGUGAGCGGUACAUCACACCGCUGGAGGAUGACGAACAGGACGAGCGGCCGUACGAGUCGAACGAGCUGUACGACGAGGAGCUGACGCCGGCACCGAACCAGAUCGAGGGCUCGGCCAUCGGCAAGGGUGUCGGCACCAACCACAACAAGUACGCCGGCAGCAGUGGCGAGUCGGCGGUCAAGGCGGAAAAUAUAGUCACAUUCAACAAGGACGCCGGCACAGACAGCUCCGCUGGAAGUGACUACUCUUCGCUGCUCGAUGACGGACACCUGCUGAUUGUCAGUGUCGCGGUACUGUUCUUCUGCUGCGUCUGCCUGUCGUUCGGGGCGCUGGUCGCGUACAAGAUGAAGCUGUUCCAGUCGGGCAACAAUCGGUGCAUCAAGGCGUCCGAGUCUACGGACAGCCAUUCGACACCGUCCAGCUACCGGGGACCGAGCGAGGACUUCGAUCUGGUCGAAUGCAUGCCGGACACGAUGGACGCCAUGGCGGUGAAGGCGGUUGAGCAACCGCCGCCACCGCAAACGUUCGUGCAACCGGUCGUCGCAUCCGCACCGGUCGCUCACCAUUCAACCAUCCUGCCCGCGUUCAAGUUUGCCGAGCCGCGCGGCGGAAGUCUGUCGCAAAUAUCGACCACCAUGUUCAUCCUGCCGAACUACCUAAUGGCGGGCCCGCUGCCCGGCACCCUGUCCAACCGGCGCCCCAAGGAUGCCCAGGGCUCACCGCUGCAAUCGGGUGACAAUCUCACCAUCACACUCGCCACCACCGACAUCCCCGGCAGCAGCAGCAGCGGCAGCAACAUCAACGGUAACACCCCGCCCAUAACAAGCAAGAUGGAGGCGCCCAGCCCGGUGUACUAUUCGCAACAUCUGCAGCCCCACCAGCACCACCACCAGCAGCAGCAGCACGUGCCGUACGGUGUGAGCACCUCCUGUGGCCAGUGCACGACGCUCGGAUGGCAGCCGGUAUCCGGCGGUGUUAUUGGUGGUGGCACAGCUGCCGGCCCGAUCUAUGGUGGAAAGCUGCUGCCGGUGGAAAACGCGCCCAGUGGCACCACGAGCAAAACGUCACACCCGUAUCAUCGCAAUCAAUCAUUAAAAUCGUCUGCCGGUGAGCCGGAAGGCCGUCCGGACGAAGGGCCAGCAGCUGACGGUGGCACCGGUGCGGCAGACGGUGGGCUGCGGCUGGUGGGACCGGGGACUACCCUAACACAGUCGCAUCCUUUUUUAUGGCUGGGCUUGAAAAUCGGGCUGAUGUAAAGCUGUAGGGUAAAGCUGUCAAGAUCGACCUGUGCGAUAGUUUAUCGUGCAGCGUUUUAAACCUUAUUGGCGGUGCCUCAAACGGUGGCACGCUGUCCCAUUUUCCCUCGGUUUCGUCAUCUUUCCGACCCGAACCCAUUCGGUUUGGCCCAUCCCCCUGGACCUCCGUUCAUACCGUUACACCCGACACCACUGUAGAUACUUUACAAACGUACCACUAAAAAGUAGAUACCCCCAUCCUUUGGGUUUUUUUGUAUUGUUUUCUUCUCUCUCGCUUCCCCUUUUUCUACUAACGCCAGCUUGACAGCUUUACCCGUAAGCACACCCGUAACAACUUUAUCGGCGAUUUGUCGCAAUGAAACGUAACGAAGCCGGAAUCGAAUCUUGGUUUCGCCAAACACAGCCUAGGGAUUGCUAGGUAAAUGGAACGGAAGGCAGAGAUAGAAACAGAAGAGAGAAGAAGAGAAGGCAAGUCAAACGAAACCAAAUAACGUAACACUAGAGACAUAGUAACAAAUUGUGAAUUUUACCGAGGCGCUUGUACAAAUUGCUAACCCUCCUCCGGUCCCCGUGGAAGUACCGAGGCUUCGUUCGACGGCAUUUUUAGAUUGUGAAAAGCGUUGUGACACUGUGCCGCUGGCAUGAGAGGAGCGCUACGUACAGCGCGCGCAAGCUGCGGAUGGAACCAGUUGACGUGCAGCCUGAUUAGUUAUCGGCAAUACAAUUUCGCAGCAUACGUGGGCUCAUGGCUCUAUCAUAUAGAGCAAUCAGCAAUCUGAAAUGCCCGGCAUCUGUGGAGAUUUGUUUGUUUCUUUUAUUUCGUUUCAAUGCAGAGUUGUUGAGUGAAAAACUGCUCUUCCGUAAAGUUGAUUUAAGAUUUUCCGGAGCGUCGAAAUGUAAAAAAAUGGCCCACGAAAAACUCAUUUUAUAUUAUUUGUUCCUAGUCUAGUGAAGUCGUAAAUGUAAAAGAAAACGUGAGCACAUCUAGUGUAAAUAUACAACUUAAAUCACUGUUCAACGAACUGGCGCAUG